UCCUGUUCGCCCACUUAAUACCGACUUGUAUAAUCACUUGGUUUGUCGGUAACACGUGUUGUAGCUUCCUGCUCUCUUCACCUUCUACUAGGGAGAUGUAGACCUUCGUUCUGUAUCCAUAUCACAACAAACGCCUUCCCAGACGAAUAAAGACCUUUGAAGGAAAGUGAUAAAGUGUGAUAGCUUCUCUGCAAACAACACUCAAGAUGAACGUCUCCACAACUGCUCUACUUCUUAUGCUGGCAGGUGCAGUUCAGUGCCUUGAGCUGAAGUAUCUGAUGAUGCUGCCGAUGAGUGUGGAGCAUGAGUUCCAUGUCAAAUACUUUGCAUCAAAAAGUGUCGAUGCUGUGGUUCGGAUGCCUGGUUUUAACACCACCCUUUACCCCAACAAACAAGGCGUAUUCAGAAUAACUGGAAAUCAAUCUUAUCUGGUCGGAGGCAAAGAAAAUAAAGCACUCAUACUGACUCUUACCACGAAUGAUGAUGUCGUUAUUGGACCUUUUGAAGCCACGGUCAUGUGCUCCGCCCAUUGGGCAGAAUACUAUGCAUAUCUGGCUCUGCCAAUCUCUGCCCUAGGAACACAUUACAUCAUCUCAACAUAUACACCAGGAGAUGAAGGAAGUGCUCAAAUGGUAAUUACCGCAUCUGAGCACGACACUGAUGUGACCAUCACAUUGGAGUCCUCUAAACCUGUCACAGUUCUUGAUAAUACUUACAGCAAGGGGCAGAUGAUUCAGUUUACCUUAAACCAGUACCAGUCCUUGUCCUUUGAGGCAGAUUCAGAUAUUACUGGAACCGUAGUCCGCAGCUCCAAGACUGUAGCAGUGUUUUCUGGGAACUUCAGAGCUCGGUUUCCUUUCGACGCACUUUUCAAAAAUAUGAGAGACCCAACGUUUGAGCAACUUCCCCCCGUGUCACUGUUAGGUCAAAUAUAUGUGGUUCCCAAAAUACCCUUUUGUGUUUACCAAGAAGCUAAAUUCAUCGCUGCCUAUGAAGCCACUGUGCUUCAUUUAUCAACAGAGGCUGAAAAUAUCACCCUAGGAGAGACCGAUCAGGCCUCAUUAGAAGUUAAACAGAGUCUCUAUCUUCUGUCCAGCAAACCUGUUCUUGUCACCACAAUGUGUCGAGGAAAAACAGGUAAUAACCCGACGUCUUUGACAUUCGUACCUCCGGUUGAGCGAUAUAAGAAGCUGUAUCCUGUUCCAAGUCCACAUGCCAACGAAGUAACACAAUACCUGACAAUCAUUGCCUGCUAUGCUGACAAAACUGGAUUAAUUGUAGACAAGAACCUCCUUUCAUUGGAGAAACCUCAUUGGGAAAGAAUUGGAAACUUUGCCAUCACCACUGUGGCUAAGCCCAAUGGACAGUACGUCGUUGAAGCAGACUCACCCUUUGCGUUGAUGAGCUUGGUGUACGAAACAGGUGUAUCGGUCUCCACAAGUCAGCUGUGUUUAGGGUUCGACCUGGAACAAACCCUCGACAGUUUCUGUUCUGUGUCUCUUCCAUCACCAAGAGGUACCACUACAGUACAAGUCAGUUCUUCAUACAAGCCCACGACAGAAACGCCAACGAAAGAAACGCCCACGAACGACACGUCAAUGACUACAUAUACUGUUAUACCGGUUGUCGUUGCUGCUGUUGCUGUUGUAGCUAUUGUCCUUUUGGUUGUCAUCAUAAUCAAAAAGAGAAGCACAAGAUCAACUUCCGGUGAAAAUCAUUUGACAGAUUCCCUUUACUCAUCCAUCUACACCGUUUCACAGCCUGAUGACCAAUAUAAUAGUGUACCUGCAGACUCGGGCAUUUCCUCAGGAACAAACUCCGAGACCUACAUACGCGUUGUUCAUUAUCCGACAGAUGGCGUUACAGCUGUGGAUGGAAAUGUGUAAUCUAUAUAUAUCUACAUCUAAACAUGGUGACACACUCUGUGUAGGUGUGUUUGUGUUAGUGUUAGUGUUAGUGUGUGUUAGUGUUAGUGUGUGUUAGUGUGUGUUAGUGUUAGUGUGUGUUAGUGUUAGUGUUAGUGUGUGUUAGUGUUA